UUGUAUUGUUAUUAUACAGAUAGUAGUAGUAGUUCUGGCGGAGAUCGCGCAGAAGUGCCGGUGAAGCCUACCUACCCUGACCGCAGGUCUGUCAAAGUGCUUCGCCUUCGUCCCCUGCUUCGGACGGAAGAUGUAGGCGCCGGAGGGGGCCAUAUAGUCAGUCGAGCCUUGGUAAUACAUCAUCGUGAGGGAGACGUUGACGAGCUGCCCAGUGACGCGGUGUUUCGCCAUGAUGGUGAUUGGGUACUCUUCGGCCGGGGAGCUCUGAGACUCGAGGAGGGUCGCCCUGUUCGGCCACGGUUUGUCGCGCAGCCGCCACGAUUGAGGCUCGGCCUGCGAAUGCGAGUUCCGCUGUGCUUCCGUUGGGCUUGUCCGGCUCGUCUCAGAGUCCCAGGACCGCGAAUUCGCUUCAAAUGUCUUCUUGGAGCGUUGGUCGGCUGUUGUCGAGGGUGUCGCCGACGAAAGAGUGUUCACAGAAUAGGUGAAGUCGAACUCGUCGAGCGAAAUGAACGGAGUGAUAAACCGGUUUUGUCGGAAGCCACGACUUCGGGAGCCUUUGGAGUGAGGCAAAAUUGGUGGGCAAAAGAAACGCUUGAUUAA